CACAUAGAAACGGACACGAGUCAAUGAAGAAAAUGUUACUCCACUGUUAAUAAAAUUACCUUAAUGCAUCACAUGGAGACAGACUCUCAAUUUCUGUUCUUCCUUUUACCUUCACUUUUUCCUGCUUAAAAUACAGGUCAACAACUACGCGUCUAUCUUUAACAUCUUUUCUUUAAGAUUUGUUUUCAUUUAAUUAGCCAUGUUUGAUUGAUUAUCAAUUUAUCACCACCUUUAUUCUGUUUCAUGGUGUCCAUAACCUUCACUUCCACUGUAAAAAAAGUUGGCUACUAGCAUCUCAUUCCUCCUAUGGAAAAGCUUCACAACCUGGAGAUUCUUUGCCCACUAUUCAUUGUUCUCCUUCCCCUCCAAUUAUUUUCUCUUCUGCCUCUCUCAUCAGCUUACACGGCUCCGGAUGAGUACUUCAUCAACUGUGGAUCAAGGUCCAAUUUCACAGGCAGUGGAAGCCGGAACUUUGUUGGUGACCUGAAUUCUGGCGUUUCCUUCCUUGUUGGACAAAGCAGCCCUGUCUCGGAUGCAAGUUCCUCAGCUGGCAUAUCUCCACUCUAUGAGUCUGCAAGAAUCUAUCGACAGCCUUCUUUUUAUGAGUUUGCAAUCAACCAGAACGGCACUUACUUUGUACGUCUCCAUUUCUUUGGUUCGUCCUCUUCUAAUUACUUAGCCAAUGCUAUAUUCAAUGUUUCAGCUUCAGGAUUUUGGCUACUAUCAAAUUUUAGUGUCAAGAAUAAUUCUGGUUUACCUGUCAUCAAGGAAUUUUUGGUCACGAUCAAUUUGGGAAGAUUUAAAAUCAACUUCAUACCUUCUGGAGGAUCACAUCUAGCUUUUGUAAACGCCAUUGAAGUCUUUCUUGCCCCUGAAAGUUUCAUCCUUGAUUCUGCUCCUCACGUUGCUCCUACAGGAAGUAGAAAUUCUUUUGAUGGUUUGACCUCUCUGGUGUUACAUACCCUCUACAGGAUUAAUGUUGGAGGGCUUACCCUCACACCAGAAAAUGACACACUGUGGAGGAACUGGAUACCAGAUGAUAACUUCUUGUUUAAUCCAAAAGCUGCUAGGAACAGUGAAUUUUUCACUGAUACACCUAAAUACCAAGCAGGAGGAGCCACAGAAUAUACUGCCCCAAGCCUUGUCUAUAAGACUGCAAAAGAAUUGAAUAUAGAUGAUAGCAGGCAAUCGAAUUUCUUCAAUAUAACUUGGAGUUUUAGUGUGAGUAAGAGUUCUAAACACUUUGUUCGAGUGCACUUUUGUGACAUAAUUAGUGUUUCUCUUGAUGUUAUUAUUUUUAAUCUCUAUAUCUACGACAAGUUUGGUCAGAGGAUCAGUCCAUAUGAUAAAAUGGGCCAGUUGGCAGCUCCAUUUUACUUUGAUUUUGUGGUUGAUUCUGAUGAAUCAGGAAUCAUGAACAUAAGUGUAGGCCCUCGACAUGAUUCUCAGAAUCCAACUGCUUUUCUGAAUGGACUGGAAAUAAUGGAUUUUGUGAAGAAAUCAGAAUUUGAUUCGUUCCCAGAGAAGCCUCGAAGUAGAAAGACUAGUCUCUCUGCUAUAGUUGGUUCCAUUGUCGGGGUUGCAAUUGUCUUUGUUUUGAUAGUAGCAGCGCUUCUGAGUUGGAAAUGCAGGAAAGCAAAGCCUGAGCAAUCUUCAAGUUGGCCUUUGUCUCUGCCUUUGUAUGGAAGAGGGAGUUCUUAUAACAGAAUGUCUGACAAAGCAUCCAAUAUGUCCCCUUCCAAUUUGAAUCUUGCUCUGAGAAUAUCUUAUUAUGAAAUUGAGCAAUCAACCAAGAACUUUGAUUCCAAUUUGCUGAUUGGAGAGGGCGGAUUUGGAAAAGUCUAUGAAGGAAUGUUUCGUGGUACGAAAGUGGCCGUGAAAAGGAGUGAACCAGGACAUGGCCAAGGCCUGCUGGAAUUCCAAACGGAGAUUGUGGUCUUAUCUCAAAUUCGCCAUCGUCACCUUGUUUCCUUAAUUGGAUUUUGUGAAGAAAGAUCUGAAAUGAUAUUAGUCUAUGAGUUCAUGGAGAAGGGGACUCUAAGAGAUAAUCUCUAUUAUUCAACUGCCAAUCUUGAGAAAUCAUACAGUGCACGAAACGAAUUAUCUUGGAAGCAAAGACUCGAAAUUUGCAUUGGUGCAGCAAAAGGCCUUAAUUACCUACACACUGGUUCAUCUGGAGGAAUCAUUCACCGCGAUGUUAAGUCAACAAACAUCUUGCUGGAUGAACAGUUUGUGGCCAAAGUUGCUGAUUUUGGUCUUUCAAAAUCAGGCCUUCCUGAUGUAGAACAUAGUGUUGAUGUAAAGGGUACCUUUGGUUAUCUUGAUCCAGAAUACUUCAUAUCACUGCAAUUGACAGAUAAAUCUGAUGUGUACUCUUUUGGAGUUGUACUCCUGGAAGCACUUUGCGCUAGGCCAGCAGUUAUCAACUCAAAUAGGAGGGAGGAAGUCAACUUAGCUGAAUGGGGAAUGCUUUGGCUGAGGAAAGGUGAACUUGAGAAAAUUAUUGAUCCAAUGCUAGUGGAUACAAUUAAUCCCAACUCAUUGAGGAAGUUUGCUGAAAUAACAGAAAAAUGCUUGAAGCCAUCUGGUAGUGAAAGGCCUAUUAUGCGUGAUGUGUUGUGGGACUUAGAAUAUGCAUUGCAGCUUCAGCUAACUCCAUUGAGCAGGGGGCCACUUGAAGACAGUACAACUAAUGCUUCAUUGGAAUUUUCGAUGCCUGUUAUUAAUCGUUUACCUUCCAAUAGCUGUCCAACGGUUGAUGAAGAAGAUGCAACUGUAUUAUUUGAUAAUGAUUCAGUUGUAACUGCCAGUGAAGUAUUCUCAAAAUUGAGGAUUGGUGAAGCCAGAUAAUCUCCACUGGUUUAAAGGUAAAACUAUAUAGUAACUACUAUUUUUUUGGUAUAUUUUUCUGUUUUAUCAGCUUCCAGUGAGUCUUCAUGCUGCAAAACGACUCACAUCCAGGAUGAUUUGCGUGUGGUAAAUUAUAAUAGAGAUCACCUUUGGAAACAUUUUCCUUUCCGUUUCUCUCAUUUUAGGACACGUCCUUGUGUUUUAUCAGAAACAGGCCUUGCAACCCCAUCAAAGUACUUCGUUCAGUGCAGCUAUAAUAAGUAAUCUCUUAUGUUAUCUGGUUUUUUAGUUUCUAUAAUAAGUA